AUGAACAUCAUCAACAACAUUAAUAACAACAACAACAAUAACAACAUUUCCGGCAAGAACAACACCAACAACAACAACAUUAUCGUUUCCCGCACCAACGGUUCCCAGGCCUGCGCGGCUUGCAAGUAUCAACGCAGAAAGUGCGCCUCCGAUUGCAUUCUCGCGCCCUAUUUCCCCCACGACCGCCAGCGCCAAUUCCUCAACGCCCACAAGCUUUUUGGGGUUAGCAAUAUUACCAAAAUCAUCCGCCACCUCACCCCGCCGGAGAAGGACGAGGCCAUGCGUACCAUCAUCUUCGAAUCCGACGUUAGGGCCAUGGACCCCGUCGGCGGCUGCUACCGGAUCAUCCGCCAGCUGCAGCGCCAGAUCGAGCAGAGCCAGGCGGAGCUCGACGUCGUCCUCCACCACCUCGCCUACUGCCGCGCCCUCGCCGCCGGAGAUUCCGUUUCCUUGCCGCUGCCCAACAACAACAACAACAACAACAACAACAACGUUAACGCUACUCAUCACCACCGCGACGCCGCCAUCGAUCAAACCGCCGCCGCCGCCGCUGCUGACGUUGUUGCCAACAACAACAAUUUCGGGGCUUUAAGGGAUGAAUGGUACCAACAACAACCCUCCAACGUUAACGUUAACGGCUACCCGGGCCCUCAUCACUAUCCCCAUUACCCUCAACCGCAGCAAUACUUGGUCGUCCAGAACAACGGCGAUCACCGUGACGAUCACCAAUUGCCCUACCAGACCAACGUUGCAUGGGAAAUGCAGGCACCGGAUACCACGCCGCCGUCUUCCGUCCUUCCGACCAGCCAAGUUUCUUCUCAGGAUAACGAUGCCUGUGAUAGCAUCAAACCAAUUCUUGAUUUGUCAGGUUACGUUGAAGACCUCAAUUUCGGCCCCGAGGAAACCCUUGAUGAAAGUGAAGAGGUUCUGGUAAAGGAGCAAGACAAAGCUGGUGCAUUGAACGAAGAGGAAGAAAAUAUUUCCAACAUGCUCAAGAUCAUGAUCUAAAAUCUACUGCACCAGGCCACUUCAAUUUGAAUUGCUUACAUAAUUCACUUGCUAUUACC